AUGAACUCCAGAGGCGCGCUCCGCAUCUGGGACCCGCCUUCCGGGUUCCAGAGCGACCCCGCCCGCCUGGGACACGUCCCUGAGCUCGAGGCCGUGGCGGAGGCUCCCUGGCAAGAGCCCGCAGAGCAGGUGGGGGCGGCGGCCCCGCCUCCACGUCCCGGCAGCACCAGAGCUGGCGGCCGAGGAGCGAGCGGGGCGCACCGAGCGCAGCACAGAGCGCAGCGCGGCGGUAGCGGCGCCACCUCCAGCACGGGCGCUGCGGGACGGAGCCCCAAGCUGGAGCCGGGAGGCAGCGGCGGCGAGGACCUAGUCUACAGCCCUAGUCUGGUUCGGCCCCCAAUCGCGGGCUCGACCCUCCCAGUCCGGUCCGGCCCGGCCAGCUGCAGCUGCCUGGGCCGAGCCGAACGGGACCGCGAAGGGAACGAGGUCACCGCGCGGUUGCCCAGUGACUUCCCCGGACGCGACUCUCCAGUAAGCACAGACAUUUCCAGCUUGAGAAAGGCAGAUCCAAAAGGUCGGAGUGCAUUGUUGGCUGAUAUCCAGCAAGGAACUCGCCUACGAAAAGUCACACAGAUCAAUGACCGCAGUGCCCCACAAAUCGAGAAUUCUAAGGGAACCAACAAAGAAGGAGGAGGGUCUGCAAACUCCAGAGGUGGGAGCACACCCCCAGCCUUGGGAGAUCUGUUUGCUGGGGGCUUUCCUGUGUUACGACCAGCAGGCCAAAGGGAUGCAGCAGUAAAGCCUCAGCUAACCCCCUUGCACCUGCCACCCAUCCCACCCCCACUCCCCCUUCUCCCACCCUGUGGGUAUCCUGGGCUCAAUGCAGAUGCUGGGAGCCCCACCCAAGAUGUGCGGGAGCCCCCAGCUCCUCCAGCUCCUCCACCCCCACCACCCCUGCCAUCCCCACACCCCAUUUAUGCCUCAUGCUCCCCUAGGUCUUCUGUGCCCACACCCCCUUUGCCAGGUGCAAAUAACAGCAGUGAUGUACCACCCCCGCUACCCCCCAAGUCCCCCAGCUUCCAGGCCCAGCCCCAGAAGCCCAGUGUGCAGGCCUUGCCCACACCGCCAGCCCCGCCAGGACCUCAGUUCCUGCAGAAGAAGAGACAUGGCCGAGGCCCAGGGACUAGUGGGGGAAAGCUAAAUCCACCCCCAGCUCCCCCUGCAAGAUCACCCACCACAGAGCUUUCAAGCAAGAGCCAGCAGGCCCCAGCCUGGAUCCCGACCCAGCAACCAGGAGGUCAGCUGAGAAAUGGAAACCUGCACAUCAUGGAUGACUUUGAGUCUAAAUUCACGUUCCAUUCUGAGGAAGACUUUCCUCCUCCAGAUGAAUAUAAACCAUGCCAGAAGAUUUACCCCAGCAAGAUCCCCAGAAGCCGUACACCUGGUCCCUGGCUCCAGACUGAGACAGGAGGGCAGGGCUCCGAUGACAUCAAAGGCAGAAAUUCUCAGUUUGAUCCCUUCAGCAAAAGCCCAUAA